CCUAUAUAAGUAAGAGGAUGCUACAUCUAACAAUCCAAUAGCAGCUCCAAGCAAGACUUGCUUCCAUACUCCCCCAAAAUGACGAUUGUGGAGAUGCAUGUGAACAUGGAUUGCCAUGGAUGCGAGGACAACGUAAGGAAAGCUCUUAACAAGCUCGAAGGAGUGCACGAUGUGCACGUCGACUUCGACAUGCAAAAAGUGACCGUGGCGGGCUUCGUCGACGAGCGCAAAGUCCUCAAGGCCGUGAAGAAGACCGGCAAAACUGCUCAGAUCUGGCAGCACCAACCCACCAAUCUUUACUACAACAAUUUCGACCAAUAUCAGUAUGACCAGAUGAACUACGGCCGUUCAUCAUCGUCGAACUCGUUCUACGCACGACCAACUCGCAUGACCCGUCACUACAAGCACGGCAAAAUUUUUGGGAAGACCAGUCACGAAGUGUAUCAUCACCAACCACCAUACUCUCAGAUGGUGGAGGAUAGGCCCAUCACCAUGUUUAGUGAUGACAAUGUCAAUUCUUGCUCGAUCAUGUGAUGGGUUGCAGACUAUGUAUAUAUGUAUAGCUAGUGUUCCCCCUUACGUUUUUAAUAACGGGGAACCUCUGUUGCGUAAACGGAGUUGAUAUUUCUAUCUAGAACAUAAGUUCAUGGUG